UACCCUUGUCCCUGGGCAGAGGUUUCUUAGAACAGGGCCAGAGUUUUGUGGAAAAACGUCUGAGGUGGGUGGCCCAGGGAGGAUAAAGACUGGAUGGUGAGAGCCAAGGCCACCGAGUCCAGGCAGGACAGCACCAAGCAGGAUGGAGAAGAGCCCUCCCACCUCCACCCCACUGCCUGCAAGGACGGUGCUGCUGCUCACCAUGCUCCUCUCCUUCUCCUGGCAACUCACUGCAGCCCAUGUCUCCCCCAUUGAGUGCUGCUACAGGUACGCCCAGAAACAAAUCCGGCAGCUGAAGGACUUCUACAAGACAUCCAGUGAAUGCUCCUUGCCUGCAUAUGUGUUUGUGCCUCCCACUGGGGAAAAGAUCUGUGUGGACCCCAAGAAGAACUGGGUGAAGAAAUUAAAGGAAAAUUUUGAAAGUAAAAUUUAAAUCCUCCUUCUGCCGCAACCAUCCCACCCACCCAUCAGGUCCUCCUGGAUCUGGAGGGAGCAGAUGGAACUCAUGGAACAUCUUCGUGGAGUGGAGGGCACCCACAGCACAGGUGGAGCCAGCCCAUGCCCUGUGUGACCAGGUGUCCCACCAGCACGGACCAGCCUGGGCACCCAGUCCCUCCCACUGUCACUGCCCUGCCAGGGUGUGCCCAGCAGAGCUCCUAUUUAUAA